ACAUGGCGGCCGCUGUUAGUCCACAUGACUAUUUCAUUCGAGAAAUUGAGAAAAACGACGGCGCUGUGCUGAAGCUGAAGCAGUGCUACCUGGGAGAUGUUGGCUGUGUCGUGUGGGACGCUGCCAUCGUGCUGGCUAAAUAUUUAGAGUGUAAGCAGUUUAGGGAUCCGUCCUCGGGUUUGGACUUGUGGUCAGGGAGAAGAGUUCUGGAGCUGGGAGCUGGAACCGGUGCUGUGGGUCUGAUGGCUGCGUCUCUGGGUGCCCAGACAACCGUGACAGACCUGGAGGAGCUGCAGACCCUCCUGGCGCUCAACAUCGAGGAGAACCGGGAGCUGAUCACCACUGGAUCCAUAACUGCCAAGGUGCUCCGAUGGGGUGAAGACGUGUCUGACUUCCUUCCCUCGCCUGACUACAUCCUGAUGGCCGACUGCAUCUACUAUGAGCAGUCUACUGUUCCUCUGGUGGAGACCCUGAAGCGGCUGUCUGGACCUCAGACUUGCGUCAUCUGCUGCUACGAGCAGCGGACUGAAGGAGUCAACCCCAGAGUGCAGCAGCGUUUCUUUGAGCUUCUGCGUCAGGACUUCAGUUGUGAGAAGAUCCCGCUCAGCAAACAAGACCCUGAAUUUCGCAGCGCCGACAUCCACAUCCUGCACAUCAGGAGAAAGGCUUGACCUGCUCGCACCACAGUUGCCAGCUGCCUUAUUUGGGGCUGAGGUCAUGAGAACAAUGGAUGAUCGUUUUGAACAGCACGAACGUGACAGAGUUGAAGCUUUUGUCAAACGUUUGUCUCCAAAAAUGUGAUUCUGGUGUGUCUGAAGAUGUGUUCGUGGGUGGAGCCUAUUUUAUUGAGCCAGUGUGAAUGUGUUAUUUAAAAUUUAUAUGUUACUUUUCUACUCAUCUUUUUUAAUG